AUGUCAAGUUCAAGUUUUAAUUGUGAAAAGGUCGAUUUUGACACAUAUAUUAUCAAUAGUAAUUAUGAAAAGAUCAAUCCUUCAAUAAUAUAUGAACAAAAUGAAAUUCCUUUCAUAAAUGAACGAUCAAAAUCAUUAUUAUCAUCAAUAACAUCAUCGAUUGAAAAUGAUGGUCAAGAGGUAAUUAACAAUAGAAGAAGAAUGUUAAACGAUGAUGUUGAUAAUAAUGAUGAUGAUGAAAAUAUACCUAAAAACCUAUCGUCAACAAAUACAAAUGAUUUAUCAUCAUAUACAAUCUAUGAUAAAUUUCAAUAUUCUUCAAAUAGUCAUGAUUCAUUAAAUCAAUCAGAUCAUAAUAUUGAUACAACAGCAUCAUCAACGGAUGAUUUAACACAGACUAAUCAAUUUUUAACAUCAACAUUUCAUUCAAAAGAUUCAGCACUUGGUUUAUCUGAUGAUAAUUUAAAUUAUUUACAAACAAAUCAAUUAAUUAUAUUGGAUGAUAAUGAUAAUAAUAAUAAUAACCAACAAUAUAUUUCAUCAUUAUAUCAAGACAAAUUUGUCGAUAAUAUUGAAAAAACAUUUAAUGCAAAUACAAAUGUUAAUAUUGAAACUAUGCAAAAAUCUGAUACAAUGAUUUCAAUUACUAAUGAAAUUCUAUUAAAUGAACAUGAAAAAAAUAUUGAACGAACAAUAUCAACAAGUUCAUCAGAACAAUUAAUACCAAAAGAAAAACAAACUGGAAUGUAUUAUAAAGCUUUUGGUAGUUCAGCAACACUUAAUCUAACCGAACAGUAUAAUUGUGAAUGGUUACAAGAAAAAUCAAAUUCAACAAUAAAUGAAAAAUCAUAUGAAAAUGAUAUUAAUCAUGUACGUAUUGUACAUCAAAGUCAAAUAAUAGGUGAUAAUGAAGAUGAAUUUUAUUAUUCACCACAAAUACUUCAUCAAUGUCAUUCAUGUCCAAAUUUAAAUAUAAAACCAUUAAAUAUUAUUUUACGUGAACGUUCAUAUUCAUUAACAACACUUGAUGCAUAUACACAUUUAAAUAUAACACAUGAUUUAUUAGAACAAAUUUGGCAUUCAUUACUUAAUGUUACAUUUAGUGAUAAAGAUGAUAAUGAAUUAAAUGAAUAUAAAUUACGACAUAUUAUUGGUUUAUCAAAUUCAUAUACAAAUAUAAAUCAUACAUUAAUUGAAAAAUCUCAUAGUCAUAAUGAUAUAUUUUCAUUAAUAAAUAAAACAAAUGAAAAAUCAAUAAUAAAAUCAAAAUCAAAAUCAUUUGAUAUAACAUCAUUAAUUAAAAAAUCAUCAUCAUUAUCAUCAAUAAAUAAUUCUGUUAAUAUUGGUCUAUUACAAGGUGCUGAUAUAUCAGAACCAUUUGCUGAUCGUUUAAUAUCAAUAUCAAUACAAUCAGAUCUUGAAAGUAUACAUUCAUUAGAACAUGAACAUAUAUUAAAUGAAAAUUCUAUUCAAUCAUCAACAAUACAAAAAGAACCAUUAAAUUAUAUUUUUAAUUUAACAAAUCAAAUUGAUAAUAAUGAUGAAUAUGAUAUAGAACCAACAAUUGAAAAUGAUAAUAAACCAAUAAAUAUAUCUGUUACAUUUGAAGAUAAUAAUAAUAAUGAUGAUGAUGAUAAUGAAGAAGAAAAUAUUCUACCUAUUAUACAAAUACAUGAUACAUAUACAGAAUUAUCAUUAUUUCGUCCACAUUCAUUAUCAACAAUACCAAGUUCAAGAGCAAGUCAAUAUGCAUCAAGUGUUGAUAGUGAUGAUAUAUUUGAACAUGAACGUCAAUUAAAUAAAGAGAAUUCAGAUGAUAAUUAUCAAUAUCAUGUUAGUGAUGAUGAUCAUGGUGUUAUUGGAUCAGAAUUUUCAUCACCACAAUCAAGACCACUUUCAUCAAUCAAAAGUCAACCAUUAUCACCAGAACAAAAUCAAGGACUUAAAUCUGUAAAUUUUUCUGAUAUUGAUCAUGAUGCAUGGGAACGAUGUAUAGAUGAACCUAUAUUUUAUGAUGAUCUUUGUCUUGAUUAUAAAAAAGAAGAAGAAUUAUUAUCUAUAAAUCAAUAUACAAAUAAUUUAAUAACUAUUAUACCAAUUGAAUCAUUAAAUUCUAAAGAAACUUAUACCAUAGAUCAAAUUGAACCAAUUUUAUUAUUAAAUGAAUAUAAACAAGAAAAUAUUGAUUCAAUGAAUUUUAUUCAACAAAUUGAUCAAAAUAAAAAACAUAAUACUAUUGAACAAGAUUAUUUAUUAAUUGAACAACAAUUUGAUAAUUAUCUUGAUCCAAAUGAACUUGUUCAUCGUUUAGAACAAUUAGAUUUAUCAAAACAACAAGAAAUAAUAAUUAAUCAUGAAAUUAUUAAUAAUCAUGAUGAAAAUUUAAAAUUUAAUAUUGAAAAUUUAACAUCUAUAAUCGAUGAUAUUCAUCAAAUAAAUCAUAAAAAUUUAAUAACAAUGAAAAAAUUUCUUUUACAACAACCAUUAAAUAUUGAACAAAAACAAAAUCCAUUAACAAUAACAAAAUCACCAAAUAAUUUACCAAUACGUUAUCAUAAUCAAUGUAUUGAUAAAGUAUCAGAUUUAGAAAUUGUUAAACAAGGUAAAGGUUUUAAAAUUGGUUAUAUUGAUCGACAAGGUACAGAUCAACGUGUUAUAUUAACAAAACGAAUUGAAGCUGGACCAGAUAUUAUUGAACGUGAUCCACAUAUUCGUUUACCUCAUAAAAAACGUCGAAUAUUAAAUCAAAAUUUUAGUUCAGUAUUAUAUACAAAUGGAAAUAAUACUAUACAAGAAGAUAAAAAUUUUCAACGUUCAGCAAAUAAUAUUGAAGUACCAACAAUUGGUACUAAUCCAAAACAUUUCGACGAGUCGGAUAUGAUCUCUAUUGAUAUAGAUGGUCCAUCAACAAUGCUUAGUUCAAUAUGUGAAUCUUUAGUUAUAACACAAGGUUCAGUUUAUUCAAAUAAUCUAACAAAAUCACAAAAUGAAAAAUUAAAAAGUCAAUCUAUAUCUGAUUUAUCAACAAGUCCUUGUUCAAAUGAAUAUGAAGAAUAUUCAUUUCAAACAUCACAUUCUUUAAAAAAUGAUAAAAUUGAAGUAACUAAUUCUUGGCAUGAUCAUACAAUUAUUAAUGGUAGUAGUACAUCAUGGCGUAGUCCAUUUAAACCAAUAAAACAUAUUCAAUCAUCAAUAAAUAAUUCAUCAUUUCAAUCUAUUGAACAUAAUACUCAGGAUUUAAAUCGACAACAAAUAUCUACACGUGAUAUAUCUUUAUCACCUAUUAUAUUACCAUUAGAAAAACAUUAUCAAACAAUAAGUACAUCACCAAUAACAAUACCUGAAACUGUUGAUCAAUCAUGUCAAUAUAGUCCACCAUUAUAUAUAACACAUGAUCAAAAUUUACAAUGUUAUUUUGAUACAAAAACAAAUUCUACACAAGUAUCAUCAUAUGAUAUACCCGGUUUAUUAAAAACAUAUGAUGGAAUUCAAACAUCAGAUAAUUUUCAUUAUCGAACAAUAUCAUUACAUCCAACAACACUUGAACGUAGUUCUGAUUCUGGUAUACUUAUUGAUGAUAAUCAUCGUAUAAAAUUAAAUUUAGGUUUACAAGUUGAUAUAAAAAGUUCAUCAUCAGAUAGUGAAGAUAUAUCAGAAGUAACAACACGUCCACUUCUAAGACAAACACCAUUAAAUACAAAUAUAAUAUAUGAAAAUCCAACAAUAAUACAUACAUCUUUAAAAACAACAAAUGAUAUUGAACAAGAAAUUUUACAAUUACGUCGUGAACGAUCUCAUAUACUUGAUUUACUUUCAUUAAAUUGGAAUCGUUCAAAUAUAUGGGUAGAAUUAACCGAAGCUAAAUUAAAUUAUAUUAUUGGUGAAACAGAUGCUCUUCUACGUUCACUAUCAUAUGAUUCAACAUCUAUUGAUAAUGAAACUGUUAAAUUAAAAAUGCAUCAAUAUGAAGUUGAUAUGACUGAAUUAACACGUCAACAUUUAGCUGUCUAUCGUGAACGUUUAGAAGAUUCAAAAAAACAAUUAGAUAUUAAAAUAGAUGAAUUAGAAUUAAAAAAAUCUUCUAUUGAAAAUCAUUCAACAAAUCAUUUAUCAACAUAUGAAUAUACACCACGUCCAUUAAAUCAUAAUAAUAAUAAUAAUAAUAAUACGAAACGAUUAAAAUCAUUUUUAAGUACAAGUGCUGAAAAUUUAACUCUUACACCAAUACAAGAUACAAUAGCAAGUCAUCCACAUUUACUUGAUGUUUCAUUUUUAACAUCAACUCCAUUAAAAAAAUCUAAUCAUCAAACAUAUUUUUCAAAUUAUCAAGAUAAAAAUAAUGAAACUAUUCGAACAACAACAACAACAACACAUUGUCCUAUAUCAACAAUAAAUCAUCAAUAUGAUUAUUCAACAAGAAUAAAUAAUCAAAAUAAUGGAAAUUUAUCAAAUAUGGAAGGUUUAAGUAAAAGUCAACAAGCUAUUUUAGAUGAAACUGAUAAACUUGUUAAAGAUUCACAACAAUUACAUACGGAAUCAGCUUCACAAUUUGAACGAGCAAGAGAAAGUUUAUUAUAUAGUGAAACACCUAUUCGAUUAGCACGAGCAAAUAUGGCUGCAUCUCGUCUUUCACCACGUUUAGAAAAGAAAACUUAUAUGUCAAAUAAUGUAACACUUGCUGAAUUAUUUAAAUAUGAACAGUCAUUAACAAAAGAAGCAGAAAAAAAUAAUCGAAAUAUUUAUUCCAAUACAAAAACAACUAGUGAAUCUUAA